AUGUUGUACAACCAUUCGCGGGAUACAAACCUAGUAAUAUUAACCAAGAGGGUUCGUUUAAAGCUCUUCUGCAGAUUAUAUUGGAGAUUAUGUGUUCUUCUUACAACACCGAUAUUGUUAUUACCUGUUUACGUAUUAGCUAACACAAAUGCUUACAAGUGUUUUUACAUAUUUCUAGUAUGUGCCAUUUAUUGGAUUACUGAUACAAUUCAUCCAGGUGUCAUUUCUUUAAUGCCUAUCACAUUAUACACGCUCUUAGGUACAGGAUUAACAGAUAGUGAAUAUUUAAAUCAAAUUUUCAUAAGAAGUGAGCUCUUGGACUGCAUAAGCAUAAUGAUGAUUACUGUAGGAAUUGAAGAAAGUAAACUAAAUAGAAGAGCCGCCAUCAAAUUAAUGAUGGUGUUUGGAUGUUCCCAUUACAGGUUGAGUUUCAUACUAUUCUUCAGUUGCAUGUUCCUUGCAAUGUGGAUAUCAGAUAUUAUUGCAUGUGGACUCAUGAUGCCCUUAGUAAAAGCUGUUCUUGUUGAAUUGGAGAAGAUGGGAAUACUGGAGAUGCACCAUGCAAUAGGGAAAACAAACGGAAAACAUUAUGAACUGAAAAGUCCUAAACCGACCGAUUUCACUGUGUUUUAUUUUCUAGGAAUUGCCUAUUCAUCUUCCAUUGGAAGCAUAGCAACAAUCGCUGGGAGUCAAACAAAUCAAAUCUUUAAGUUGUAUUGUGAAAGUCUGUUUCCAUCAAGCCCGAAGAUAGAAUUUCCUCAUUUAUUCCUACUCAAUUUACCAGCAGUCUUGCUUAUGGAGGCUCUUUUAUACAUGUGGAUGAACUUCUAUUUCCUAGGCAUGUUCAGGGCAAGAAGCGAUAUAGCAUUAGAAAUAGGGAUGUCAGAAGAAGAAGCAGAAUACAUUAGUACACUUCUAAAGAUGCAGUAUCAACAACUUGGGAAGAUACAUUUUCAUGAAGCAAUAGUUGGUGCAAUAAUUUUAUUAACAUGUAUCCUUCAGUCCGCAUUUAAUUCAGCGCACUUUAAUAAUUAUACACAAUCUCAUAGCAUAUUCACUGUUUUCAGCCAUUUGAAAACUUCUGCGCCGUCAAUGUUCUGUGUUAUUCUUUUAUUUGUAUUACCCACGAACUUAAGUUUUAUAAAGUUUUUCAAGAAACGGGGUAAUGAACCAUUGCCAAUGUUACCAGCUAGAUCAUGUCUAACUUGGAAGAUGGUGCAAAAUAAUGUUAGCUGGUGUGUUUUAUUUAUUAUUGGUAAUAGUUGCAGUUGCUUUGAGGCUUUGAAAGAAUCCCGUAUGACCGAUGAGUUUGGAAACAUGCUGAUGUUCGCUAUCAACUGGCCUGCACCAGUUCUGGCUUUGCUGGUCAUCUCCUUCUGCAAGGUUUUAAGCGAGUUCGCAAGCAACUCGUGCUCUGUGUACUGUCUGCUUCCGGCUAUUGCUAGACUGAGUGUAGCCAGUUCAGUUAAUCCACACUACCUGAUGCUGGCAGCCACUUUGUCCUGUUCUCUCUCUUUCCACCUCGUCACGGGAUCGCCAGUCAACGCCAUGGUGGCUGCUUAUGUAGCUAUACCUCCCUGGAAGAUGAUGUCAGCUGGUGUCGGUCCGUCCGUGAUCGCGGUAGCAGUAUGCUGGUUUACCGUGGCUGUGUGGUCUAAAGCUAUAUGGACCGAUAUCCACCUUCGCCCAGAGUGGGCUGAAUACAUACAUUUUGAUAAUAAAAGAGUAAAACCAAAAUGCAUUCAUUAUUCAUGA